AAGGGUUCGCCGUUCUCUGCCCGCCUCCUGGGCAGGAAAGGGGAGUUUUACAGCGCUGUCCGCGCCGGAGCAGCGCGGAGUGUUGAACAGCUCGCAGGGAGGAGGGUUCUCGGCUCCCGAGACAACCGUUGUUCAUUUCUAACUGCGGGAGGCGAAGCUCCUUUUCAAAAAGAUUACAAAUUACAGCACUUUCAUAAACCAGAGCCCCCGGGCUUGGACGUGAAGGACUUGUAGAUUAUGCCAAGAGUGGACGUCAUCUGGUAAAACCCUUCCAGAAAGUCCCUUGACUGAUGUUAUUUUCCGAGUAUUUGCUUUCUGAUAAGCAAUGAUAAGUGCAUGCUCAUCAAAUCUAUUAGCUGUGUCCUGUGAAGGCUGUGAGAACUACAGUUUUUUUUCAAAUUAUCUCAAAUUUAGUGCCUCAACACGGAUAUCUAUUUAAGUUUUGUAGUGCACCUCUCCCUUAUUUUUUUGUAACAAAGAGAUGUUGUAGUUUGUUGAUUAUUAGCACUGCUGUUGUAUCACAUAUGCAUUUGAUUCCUCAUGUCCAGUUGCCGAGGUAGCAGAUGCAAAAACAAAUUAGAUGAGCUUUGCAGAAAGUUUUGGGGAUCCUUUAGACCUAAAGGUCCCAGAGAAACACACAGUCUUCUUAAGAAGAUAAUUUAUCAGUCUAGUCAAAAGCAGUGUGGGAGUUUAGGUUUUGGGUUUGCAGCUGCUUUAUUUAAAAAUCCACUUUCUGCAAAUGUAGAGGAGCUUGUGAUAUUGUAAAGCUGUCAGACAGUGUGACAGCCUUUCAGUCAAACUAGCUUUUAUUUAUUUAUCUGUUUAUUAACUCCUUUUUAUCUUCCACUUCUAAUAAAAGGUAAUCCCUUUGUGGGAUUUAAUUAAUUUGUGGGAUUGGAAUUGCCUGAACUGUAGCUGUGAGUCAUAGUUGAGCCUUUUGGAGCCUUCCUGCCCAGGGAACAUGGAAGACAGCUUUGACUCUAUAUUUCUUUUGGGGGUAGCAGAUAUAUUCACAUUAAUUAGUUAUAUUUUGAAUUUAUGAGCAUCCUGGUGUUACCACAAUAUAAAUUUAAAUGCUUCAGAAGAACAUUACAGCAGAAUUGCAUAAGUAUAUUGCAUAAGGCUAAAUAAUAGCCUCUAAACCAAAUGCCUCUUAUUUAGCUUUUUGAUGUGAGUUUUUCAUGUUUAUUAUUUCCUCUGUCAGAGUUUCUUUUCUCUAUUAAGUCAGCUCCCAGUUUCUGAGUGCAAAAUAUUUGGCAGUAUAUCCAAGAGGAGAGAAGCAUUGGUGGUGCUGGUUCUGGGCAUAAGGGGUUUUGAGACUGGCUGAUUUCUCAGGAGCAAGAAUCAACAUUUCAACAGCUAAUGGACUUAGAGCUCCUGAAGAGGCUGCGCCAGGCCAGCCAGGACCUUCUGCAAAGGCUGAGAAUGAAGCAGGAGGAAAUCAGAAAAGGACUUCCCAGCAAGCAACUCCUUCCAGCAUCUCUUCAUGGCAGUGCAGCUGCUGAGAGAUGCACCCCCUUGCCCAGGAGAGUGAAGGAAAAUGAGGUCGAUGCAGUAAAACCUACAGCUGACCCUGGAAUAAUGGUGUCUGUGGAGCCCAGAGCUGGCUCAGCCCUCAGUUCAUCUCAGUCCAGCAACAGUGCCAGAGGGGUACAGCAACAACAAGUGAGCACACAGGAAGGAGCAAGUCUCCAUUCCAGCUUUCCUGAGAAAGAGAAGAAUGUUAUGCCAGUGUCUGCAGUCAUUACGUGUGGCAGAGAAAUCUCCAGCGUGGAUGGGGAUGGUGGUGCUCAAGGAAGUCCAGAGAAAGAAUCCUUCUCCCUGGGACAUGGAGAGGACAGAAAACAGCUUGCUCUGCUGCAUGGUUCCCAUGAGAGAAGUCAUCUGGGGCCAUCACUGAGCAGAGUGCAAAAUAAAGAGACCAGUGAGCAGCAUGUGGUCAUCAGAGAGCCCCAUAUCCCUAAAUCAAUCUUGCUGAUGUCUCAGUCCAAAGAGUUGAAGAAGGAACCUCGUCAUGUCACUUUUCAGCCUGAUCCUGAAGAAGAUGCCAUACCUGUCAGCAGCUGGUCUGCCCGUCCUUUCCUGGGCUAUGACUGGAUUGCAGGGCUUCUUGAUACAAAGUCUUCAGUAACAGAAAAAUCUGAUCAAUACUUCGCUGAGCUGCAAGAGUUCCGACAGUCCAACAGAGAGACAUGUAUUCAUCAGCAGCAUCUGGAGCCCAAGGCUCUGGACUGCACAGGUCCUGAAGAAGAACUGGAUUUGAUAACUGAUUCUCAUAAGUGUUUUUACUGUUAUGGAUUAAACCAGCGCCUCUUUACUGUCCCUGUGGAUUCAGAAUCUGCCUGCCCUGUGUGUAAAAUCCCACGUACACACCAGCCCCCAGGGACACUGGAGGAGCCAACCUAUGUCAGGGUCAGCAUUCCCAGGUCUGCCCUUUUGCCAGCCUACAAGUACAAAGCCCAUCGCAGGAGGAGCUUUGAGCCAGCAGAUGAUCUGGCACUGCCUUCGCAUUGCCUGGCUGGCUGGGAAAACAUGGUUCCUUCCAGCAACACCCUGCUCAGCAAUUUGGAUCUGCGAGCCUCUCUGGAAGAGAAGGCUUCUCCCUGUCCUCACCUGGACUCGGUGUCCAGAGUGUCAGGAGAAGCCAGAACUGACAAGUUUCUACACCUGCCUCACUUGGCACACCUGAGGUGUAGCAGAGCAAACCCAGGCACCAGACAGCAGCUCUCAGUUCAGACCCCACUCCCUCAACACUCUGGAUCAUGACUUGAUUGCCCUGGGGAAGGGAUGGGCACAGCACGUGGAAACAACUCAGGAACAAAGCAAUUUGGAUAAAAAUAACUCUUUGGACAGAUUUUCCCCAGUUUUUGUAGUCGUCGGUGUAUGUGAGCAGCCAAUACACAGAUCUGAGUUUGUACAGUCACUGUGUUCACUUCGCAUUUUUUGCCUUUUACAGCUACUUCUGAGCAGCUGCAUGAAGUGUCCCAGCUAGGGCUGGAUAAAGUCAUGUGUGCAGGAUCAUUAGUGCAUCUGCCACCUCAGCUGAGUAACCAGCAGUGUAGCAUAAACUCUGAAUGCCAGGGUAAGGAACUGGCCUGUGAAGGGCCUGGCUCAGUGGAGUGAAACACUCCACUGUGUUUAUACAUAUGUUUAUUUCCAAAUACUUGAAACAUGGCACACAAUCUUCUAGCAUGUUAAACUUGAGUCCCUCAAUGAUUUGUAAAAAUUUUAAAAAUCCAGUUUAUUCUCAGUGCAAUGUGUGUAGCUACAGAGUGUAGUACAUCAGAGUAACUUUGAAUGUGAAAAGAAAGUUAAAAUGAGAUUUUAUUCAUCAAUGAGCUAGAUAAUGCCUUAAAAUGGUUGCAUAUUUUGCUUACCUCUACUUUUCCAAGUUUUCUGGAGAUAAACCAAAAAAGCAUUUUAGAAUUUUUAAACUGUAUUAAAACAAACUACUUCACAUAGUGUGAUUUGUCUGAACCUUAUAGACCAGUCUUACUUUCCGUGUCUGAAAACAAUAAAACUGAUGUUUUAUUUUGCUUUGAAUUUUCUGAAA